ACGGAUCUGAGCUGUGCACGCGCCGACAUCGGCAACAUUCUUCGGAGGUCCGGAAUUUGAGCGGGCUGGCGAGUUUGGAGCGCAUGAUCGGCGGGUGGUCGCCAAGACGCGCACUUGUCUUGAGCCAUCAAGAGCGAGUUGUACAGGCAGGACCAUUGGAACAUACUAUCCUAUAGCCUCGGCCGUACGGAGUUCCCGCACACACAGGCUCGUGUGCGAAGGUUGACAGGGGUCAAAGUUGCCUGGUGUGCGACUGCGUCGUUCGGAGGGGAGGCGACAUAAGCAAACACAGCGCGACGGGCCAAACAGACCGUACGUUCAGCUGGAGUUGGUACGUGGUGAUUCCUGUCGUCUUUUCUCGUGUGGUCGCAAGGCUGAAACAUGGAGGGAGGAUCUGGUAAUACGGGGCAGGGGCAAGGGCCGCAGCAGCCGAGGCACCUCUGGGCGCACGCCGCCAAACGGGAGAUCCCCAUCACCUUUGGAUCAUCCUCCACGCCCGUAGUCGUGAAGAAGGAGACCGUGGACGGGAAAGGCCGGAUGCACCUGUCCCUGGAGCGGGUCCGGUCGCGAGAGCGCCCGCCCAUCCAACACUCGCGCAUGUCCUGGCCUCAGCUCUCAUCGCAAGCCUCGACUACCACCGGGCCGGGCCCGACACUCCAGCCGCAGGCCAGCAUCCAGCAGAGACGGAAGGGUGGCCGUUCAAUCACUCUGUCGUUCAGCCCCUCCUACAUCAACCGAACUGUCAAUCUUUCCUUCCAUCCAAAAUCAAGGCUGAAGAGCAGGAGUUUUGAGGACGGAAAGCCGCCGAGGAUCUGCCACCGUUGUGCAGUUAGCCAAGACCAAGACAACUCAAGAGGGCCCACAUUGAAACUGGGCUCUGGGCCCCAGAGGGUGGUGAUCCGAAAGCUGUACCAAGUGGGCCCCAGCAUUUCUGUUGAUUCGACGUCAGGUUUUGAUGUUGAGAAUGGUCCACCACCAAGUCGCAGUCCGUUGGAGGCGGCCAGCCCAUCUUCAGGCCUUAUUCUACAGGCCAACUUCCCCCAGCGAAGGGAGUCCUUUCUCUACAGGUCGGACAGUGAAUUCGAGCUGUCACCCAAGUCUAUGUCCAGAAAUUCCUCCAUCGCUAGCGAGACUUCUCAACAGCAACAACAACAACAACAAUGUCAACAACAACAAUGUCAACAACCCCAGCCCAACAAGCUCCCAUCCUCACGGAGGUCCUCUAUUGCCAGUAGUGUGCACGAGAGUGAUCUCAUCGUUACCCCAUUUGCACAGGUGUUAGCAAGUCUGCGUAGUGUUAGGAACAACUUCAUCUCAUUGACAAACGUUCCUGCAUCCAGCAGCCGACGCUCAUCUGUUGGGUCUCAGUCACAUCCGUCUCAGGGAACAAGUAGCUCAAGUAAUAACAAAUUAACGGUACCAGAUGAGAACCAAAGUAGACUAGCGAUGGAGACAUUAGAGGAGUUGGACUGGUGUUUAGACCAACUGGAGUCCAUACAGACACAUAGAUCAGUUAGUGAGAUGGCUUCUAGUAAAUUCAAAAGAAUGCUGAACAGAGAGCUGAGUCACUUCAAAGAAACAAGCAAAUCAGGAAACCAAGUCUCCGAGUUUAUUUGCAACACCUUCUUAGAUAAACAGCAAGAGAUCGACCUCCCCUCCCCAACAGAGAAGGACUCUCCUGAAGAGAGCAAACCCCCGGGGAGAACAAAAGGACCAUUGUCUCAUGUUUCAGCCCUUCUCAUCAUGCCAGAGUCUGUGACCAAUUUUGAGUCUGGCUUGAGAAAACUAAGACACGCCAACAGUUUCACAGGGAUUGUGCCCAGGUUUGGGGUGGAGGUUUCUGCGGACAGAGAGGACGAUUUGGCAAAGGAAAUGGACAUGUCCAAGUGGGGAGUUGACUGUUUUAAGAUAGACACACUGACCAAUGGAAGAGCUCUAACUGCCGUCACUUAUACCAUCCUCCAGGAACGUGACUUGAUCAAGACAUUCAAGAUUCCAGCCAACACGCUCAUCACAUAUCUCAUGACACUAGAGGACCACUAUCACAGAGAGGUCCCCUACCACAAUAAUCGGCACGCUGCCGAUGUCACACAGACCACUCACUACCUCUUAGGCAUGCAGGCUCUGGAGAAUGUCUUCACAGACCUGGAGAUUCUUGCCUCCAUCUUCGCCAGUGCAAUCCACGAUGUCGAUCACCCUGGAGUCAACAACCAGUUCCUUAUUGUCACAAGUUCAGAACUUGCUAUUCUGUACAAUGACGAGUCCUGUCUGGAGAACCACCACCUAGCCGUGGCCUUCAAACUGCUACAGGAGGAAAACUGUGACAUCUUCUGCAACCUGUCCAAAAAACAGAGGUCAACACUCAGAAAAAUGGUCAUUGACAUGGUGCUGGCCACCGACAUGUCCAAACACAUGAGUCUGCUAGCAGACCUGAAAACUAUGGUGGAAACCAAGAAGGUCGCUGGGUCAGGGGUGCUACUGCUGGACAACUAUACCGACAGAAUACAGGUUCUGCAGAACAUGGUACACUGUGCAGACUUGGGCAACCCGACCAAGCCACUGGAGCUGUACAGACAGUGGCUGGACAAGCUGAUGGACGAGUUUUACCACCAGGGAGACAGAGAACGGAACAAACAGCUGGAGAUCUCUGCCAUGUGUGACAGACAUAACGCCUCGGUGGAGAAGUCUCAGGUUGGGUUUAUAGACUUCAUCGUUCACCCCCUGUGGGAGACGUGGGCCGACCUGGUCCAUCCUGACGCCCAGUCCAUCCUGGACCAGCUGGAGGAGAACAGGGACUGGUUCGCCAGUCAGAUCCCCAUGAGCCCCUCCCCUGGACCGGACAGCAAGGAGAAGAACGGCAGCCAGGACUCUCCGUCACAUAAGGAACAGUUUCGCUUUGACAUGACUCCAGAGUUAGACGAGGAAGACAACCUAGAUGACGAUGAUGAUGAUGAGGACUCUGCCACGCCGGUCAACCCCUCCACCCCCACACCUCGCAGCCAGGAAAUUAGAAUCGAGUCAAGGAUCAGAGGUCAGCCACGCAUGGGGUCAGAGGACAGAGGUCAGCCGUGUAUGUUACCCCAGGGGUCAGAGGACAGUGAGAGUGAGAGCGAUCACAGUCACAUGAUUCCGUUCGCGCGCGAGGACAGUGCCGAUAUCGAAAGUGACUGACAGCGACGUGUCUAAGACUUCAAGGUUAUUCUCAAGGAGGAACAGACUACAAAAUGUUGUCAGCUCUUGUGGAAGCGUCCCACACAGGUUGGCUUCCACACGACGUUGACUCGUGGACAGGACUAACAACCCGGGACUCUGCAGGGUCUGAUUCGCUACCAGUGAACACUUUUUACACUACGCUUGGAGGGGAAUAUAACUGCAGGAAUGUUAGACAUGAAAGAAAAUAUUAUUUCAUUGUUGAGCCUAUAUCUGGAGUACCUACUUUUGGUUUUGUUUCACUUCUGGAAUUUGUUUUUGCCAUCUACUGUCAGACUGAGUUGUCAGUCAAACCUAGGGAACCAUACGACAUGACUGGAGUGUGGAGGAGGAGGGGAGAGAGCCUGAGCGAUAUUUGUUCAGCGACGGUCCGAAGAUUUUCUGCCGAGGAGAAAGAUACAAGGAGGGAACACCGCCCUUGAUGUUAAAGAAGUGAGAAUCAUAUCCAAUUUUACUUCGCAAUUUUGAAACUUUCUGUGACCUUUACAUUUGUAUAACCAUUCAUUGUUGCCCAGUGUCAUAGCGUAGCAAAAAUUAUUUUGGGUGCCUUUUUAUAGACUGUAAAUAAGUAUGGCCCAAGAGACUUAUAUAUAUAGUUGGACAGAAGACUUGAUGAGGGAAUGCCAACAUGUCACUGCGUAAUAUUGGAAACCUGGUAAUGAUAAUGACAUUGAAGGACACGCUACACUCUGUUACCUCCUUGUUGCUAGCUGGGCUGGUCUUUACCAGAUAGAAGGAGGCUCUGAAUGGACAAGAUCACAACUUUUCUCUACAAUGUAGUGCUUUGUAGUUAGUAGAAAUUAGUGAACUACUAUAAUGAUGAGUUCUCUGAGCAGAACUAACUAGUGCUGUUAACAGGUUAUACUGUGGUUCACUUUGUACAGAAAAGAAAGACUUAUCCACCAAUAUUCACAUGUAAUGAAAUUGACUUGUCCUGUGUACAAAGAACUGGUUUCUCUAACUGUGAAUCUGUCGAUGCAAAAGCGAACGAAAAUACAGACAACUUGUGAGGUACGAUACAACACUAGCAUGACUCAAAUCUCCACAUGUCCUACAGUCAGCUUAUCAUGUCAUUCACUCACUUUUAUAUGCACUCUGAAAGUACCCUGACCUGUAUUAUUUCUAACUGCAAGAAAAACGCACUCUGCUUCAUGUAAAUGUUAACUGUUAUCAUAAAGAUUUCACUUUUUUUAGGUUGUCCUUUCAUUUAGUGUCAAGUGAAAGAUACAUUUUGUAAUAUGAGGCUGUAAAAAAAUGGUCGAGCAGAAAUUUAGAACAGAAGUUCGCAAAUGUUGGAUUUCAUUUGGAAGGUUAUCUUUAAAUCAUGAGUUUAGCACCCUGGUUAAUGUACUAGGCUAUAGGACAUCUUGACAUUUGAGUCCUCUUUUCUGGUCUAUGCGGUAGAUGAUAUGUCUACUAGGUACAACACAGUGUUGAACACUUAUUGGGGCAGCUUAUUAUAUCCUAGGCCAUGUUGAUUUCAUUAUCUGGAUGACAUCCUAUACAUGUAGGAACCCUAAAACUGACGCGAGCGUGUAAACAAA